AUGGCCUCUCAACAAAACGAUCGUAAACCAGUGGCAGAUCAAGCAGAAGACGAUGCUUGGUUCCCUUCUCCCUUUUCACUUACUCAAUACGUUCCCAAAAAGACAGAUUUUGACGGUGCAAAUUACGAUGCAUACAAAGGAGGUAAAUGGAAAAUCCUCUUGAUUGCCACACAAGAACGUUAUCUAAAAAUGGCAAACGGAGAAUUCUUUUCUACCGGUAAUCAUCCUGUUGAAAUGUUAUUACCAGUUUUACACUUGGAUGCUGCCGGAUUUGAGAUUGAUAUUGCAACAAUUUCAGGAGAUCCAGUAAAGUUUGAAAUGUGGGCUUUCCCAAGCGAAGAUGAAGAAUUCAAAAAGAUUCAUCAAAAAUAUAAACAAAAACUUCGUAAUCCUUUAAAUUUGCAGGAUGUUUGGGGUAAUGGAUUCACAAAAGAAACUCCUUAUCUUGCAGUUUUUAUUCCGGGAGGUCAUGGAGUCUUGAACGAUAUUCCUCAUAAUCCUACAGUUGGUAAAAUUUUACGUUGGGCAGACGCAAAUCAAAGAUACUUCAUAACCCUUUGUCAUGGUCCCGCAAGUAUGCUUGCCGCAAACGUUGAUAAACCCAAAGGUGAAAAGUUCAUUUAUGAAGGAUACAAGAUUUGUGUCUUUCCUGAUUCACUUGAUAAAGGAGCAAAUAUUGAUAUCGGUUAUAUUCCCGGAAAGAUGUCAUGGCUAGUUGGCGAAGAAUUAAGAAAACUUGGCGUUGAAGUCACAAACGAAAGAAUCACUGGAGAAGUUCAUGCAGAUCGUUAUUUGUUGACUGGGGAUUCUCCUUUGGCUUCCAACAACUUGGGUAGAUUGGCAGCAAAGACAUUAUUGGAAGAUGUUGCAAAACGUCAAUAA